AUGGCGACUUCGCUCACAGAGCCGAAGCUGUCUAUCACGCUGCUGGGUGCAGGACAAGAGGUCGGUCGUUCUUGCUGUGUUAUCCAGCAUGCGGGCAUCACCGUAGUGUGCGACGCUGGAGUGCAUCCUGCGUUUCAUGGAAUGGCGGCUUUGCCGUUCAUCGAUGACUUGGACUGGAGUACAGUCGACGCCUUGUUAAUUACGCAUUUUCACCUCGACCAUGCAGCCAGUCUGACUUAUAUUAUGGAGAAAACCAACUUCAAAGACGGGAAAGGGAAGGUGUACAUGACCCAUCCAACCAAAGCCGUCUACAGGCUCAUGAUGCAGGAUUAUGUGCGGAUGAGCGCCGCCCAGUCAACAUCCGCCCCUCCCCUGUUCACACCGUUGGAUCUCAGUAUCACCCUCCCGCUCAUCAAUGCCGUCUCCUUCGCAACAACAACAACAGUCAUACCGGGUCUUUCUUUUACGCCCUAUCCUGCCGGGCAUGUGCUGGGCGCCUCGAUGUUUCUCAUCCAGCUUGCGGAUCUACGGAUCUUGUACACCGGCGAUUACUCGAGGGAAGAAAGUCGGCAUCUCGUCCGUGCUGAGGUGCCACCUGGUGCAGGCAUUGAUGUGCUGAUCAUUGAGAGCACGUUCGGGGUACAAAGCACAGAAGGGCGAAGAGAGAAGGAAGAGCGGUUUACGUCGCUCAUCCAUCGUAUCCUCAUGCGCGGCGGUCAUGUACUGAUGCCCGUGUUUGCUGUUGGUGGUGCGCAAGAACUCUUGCUCAUUCUGGAUGACUUCUUUGAGAAGCACCCGGAACUGCACAAGUUCCCUAUCUACUACGCAUCCGCCUUGGCGAGGAAAUGCAUGGCGGUCUACCAGGGCUACGUCCAUGUUAUGAACAACAACAUCCGGCAGCGGUUCGCAAACAACCAAAAUCCCUUCGUUUUCAGGCACGUCUCCCACAUCCCCCGCUCAAGCGGGUGGGAAAAGAAGAUCGGAGAGGGUCCGCCUUGUGUCAUUCUUGCUAGUCCAGGUAUGAUGCAGAGCGGUGCUAGCAGAGAGUUGCUAGAGAUGUGGGCGCCUGACCGGAGGAACGGGAUCGUCCUGACGGGUUAUUCCGUGGAAGGAAGCAUGGCGAGAAACAUCAUGAAUGAACCUGACGAAAUCAAUGCCAUGAAGGGCACGCCGAUUCCGCUGCGUUGCACAGUUGACAACAUCUCGUUCUCGGCACACGUCGACUACGCUCAGAACCGCGAGUUCAUCGAGGCAAUCGGAGCACCGCAUGUGGUGUUGGUUCACGGUGAACAAUCACAAAUGUUCCGACUCAAAGCUGCUCUCCAAGCUGGAUACAAGGAGCGAAAUGAGCACAUCACCAUUCACACCCCGAAGAACUGCGAGACGCUCGAGCUCAUAUUCCGCGGAGAGCGUGUUGCCAAAGCCAUCGGCACACUGGCGGAACAUGCGCCACAAGCUGGUGCGCAGUUAUCUGGAUUACUGGUGUCGAAGGACUUCACCUACACUUUGCUGGAUCCGCGAGACUUGAGAGACUUCACUGGUCUUAGCACGAGCACCAUCGUGCAAAAGCAGAGGUUGUGCAUUCCGGGCUUAACGUGGGAAUUGGUCAAGUGGCACUUGGAAGGACUCUUUGGAUCUGUUACGGAGGGCGUUGACGCGGAAGGGACACGGACGAUGCGUGCCAUGGGCUUGCUGGAUGUUAAGGGGAUGCGUGACGCCGUAAAAGAAGAGCCCACAAUCUCCCAAGAAGAAAACGGAUUCCCUGGAGGCUACAUCGUUCUAGAAUGGGUUUCGAGUGGGAGCAAUGACAUGAUCGCCGAUGCUGCAAUGGCCCUCAUUCACGGAAUUGAUGCAAGCCCGGCCUCUGUGAAACUGACUUCCAGACGGCAUAUCCAUGCCGAUCACGUUCAUGAAAAAGAAGUGCCAAAAGCAGCAGCGAAUCGCCGAUUAACGCAGCUCAUUGAGUUCCUUGAGUUGUACUUCGGACAAGUGCAGUUCUUAGAUGCCCAAGGGAAGGAGAUGGACGAAGAUGAAGACGAAGAGGGAUUAGAGCUGACCGAGCCGGCGUUGCGAAUACGACUCGAUGAGCAGUAUGCCGACAUCAACCUUAUUACGAUGACUGUCAAGAGCGCAUCACAAACAUUCAGGAGGCGUAUAGAGGAUGUGCUGGCGAUGGCGCUUACCACUUAUGGGAGUUUGACGGAGAGCUACAUAUCCGCCGAUAGGAGCGGCUGGGAUGGAGAACAAGACUUCUUCAUCGAUGGAGAGGCUCGCGAGAACGAGGUAAGCAAGGAGAUGGAGCAGGUGUCCAAGGAAGGGGUAGAGGCCCGAAUGAAGGAGUAA